AUGGGACGUGAGGAGCAUGGAAGGACUUGGUGCAUGGACGCAGCUCAACUGGACACACAAAGGAAGAAGGAGGAAGCCAUCUUGAAGACCAGCUCGACCACCCGGUCGAGUUCCUCAACUCGACCGGCCAAGUUCAACUCGAUCGAGCUAGGAAGUCAAAGUCUUUUGGAGCAUUCUGGAGCAUAUGGGACGAGAGGAGCAUGGAGGACUUGGACGCAGCUCAUGGACGCAGCUCGACCAGCUCUACUCGACCAACCGGUCGAGUUCCUCAACUCGACCGGCCAAGCUUCAACUCGAUCGAGCUGA